AUGGAUGAAAUAGUGGCUCCAUAUCUUAGGCACCUGCAUGACUGUGUAGGCAACAAGAUGAUUCUCGCCGAGCACCGUAGUAUUGUAAGUUACCUUCAGAAAUUUCAUCCUGACGAGGAUGGACCAUUUGGGAUUACAGCUAUGUGUCUUGAAACAUUUAUAAAAAGCUGUGCUGGCUACUCAGUUAUUACAUAUAUACUGGGCAUUGGAGACAGGCACCUUGAUAAUCUUCUACUAAGGGAUGAUGGCCGCCUUUUCCAUGUUGAUUUUGGUUUUAUUCUGGGCCGUGAUCCGAAGCCCUUUCCACCACCGAUGAAGCUUUGCAAAGAAAUGGUUGAGGCUAUGGGUGGAGUAGAAAGCCAAUAUUAUACCAGGUUCAAAUCUUAUUGUUGUGAAGCAUACAACAUCCUCCGGAAAUCUAGUAACCUAAUAUUAAAUCUUUUCCAUCUGAUGGCGGGUUCCAACAUCCCUGACAUAGCUUGUGAUCCUGAAAAAGGCAUUCUGAAGCUUCAAGAAAAGUUUCGGUUGGACUUGGAUGAUGAGGAGGCCAUACAUUUCUUCCAGGAUCUUAUAAAUGAAAGUGUCAGUGCAUUGUUCCCUCAAAUGGUUGAGACCAUUCAUCGUUGGGCCCAGUUUGGGCAGGAGACAAAGAGGAGGCUAGAUAGACCUAGGAUUGUUUGUUCGUCUGACACCUCCAUGAGUUUAUCCUUCUCAGAAACCUCUCCACAGGGUCCACUGUCUGAAGGAGAAAUGGGGUUGACAUUUACGAAGCUUUUCAGCAGGCUCUUUGCCAAGAAAGAGAUGCGCAUUCUGAUGGUUGGUCUUGAUGCUGCUGGUAAGACUACCAUCUUGUACAAGCUCAAACUUGGAGAAAUCGUGACAACGAUCCCCACCAUUGGCUUUAAUGUGGAAACUGUUGAAUACAAAAAUAUCAGCUUCACCGUGUGGGAUGUUGGUGGUCAGGAUAAGAUUCGUCCAUUGUGGAGGCACUACUUUCAAAACACACAGGGCCUUAUAUUUGUUGUUGAUAGCAAUGACAGAGACCGUGUUGUCGAGGCAAGGGAUGAGUUGCAUAGAAUGUUGAAUGAGGAUGAAUUGCGAGAUGCCGUGCUACUGGUAUUUGCUAACAAACAGGAUCUUCCUAAUGCAAUGAAUGCAGCUGAAAUAACUGAUAAGCUUGGUCUCCACUCCCUCCGGCAGCGUCACUGGUACAUCCAAAGCACCUGUGCAACCUCUGGGGAGGGGCUUUAUGAGGGUUUGGAUUGGCUCUCCAACAACAUUGCUAACAAGGCGUGA